CCUUGCUUAAGGUCAGGCAACAUCGAUUCGCGAGCUCUUCAAUUUUAAUACUUUCAUUAUCUUGAGUCCACGACUUAACUUCAAUUCGUGAGUAUAUCUCAAUUAUUAUAACCCUUUGUUUCUUCGUAGACAGUUUUAUUUGCAGGUAAUCUGCGUAGAAAUGGGCGACAAACACUUAGAACCCGUUGUAACCAUCACGUCAGGCACCGCCGAGGACAACACCAUCCCACCGGGAACUGGCGAGCCACYGGCUCAGUACGGGCCUCUUGAUCGCACUCUGGGCGAAAUGAACGCCAAAAUGGGCACUAUGGCCGAUCUCAUUGGCAAGCUUUGCCAGUCCUUAGAUGACCGUGAACGCCAGGCCACUGGCCAUACACGAAGCCCACCGGGCGACAAUGGCGGGAAAGCAAAAGCGAGUACCCCACGUCGGUCUAAAGAACMRAGCGAAGUUUCCUCUAGUGAGGMAUCCGACGACGAAGUCAUGAGUCUGUGUGCUUCGGAGGAUGAGCUAGAUAAACUAGUAGGAGACAAGUCCGAAGCUUCAAAUGGGCGCCCAGCGUCUCAAAAAGACUCUGGGCCUAGUCCUUCAGAAAGCCUCCUCACCGAGUUAGAGGCAGCCAUCAACGAUGACGAGAAUUUGGGACCUAAGAUUACCCAGAAGCUGGCCGACAUGACGCUGAAGCGUUGGGGCAAAAAGCUAUCUCAGGAAAAGCUGAAAACCCUACUCUCUAAUCACGAAGUACCGGAAAAUUGNUCCAAGAUGGUUGUCCCUAGGGUAAACGGUGAGAUUUGGAGCCAGUUGAACACCCAUCGCCGCACUAGUGACUUACGGCUUAACAAUAUGCAGAAAAAUCUUUUGAGAGCCACAUGCGCUGUUCUUAGCAUGUGCGACAAAGCUCUAGUGCUCAACAUACCAAAAGCUGAGCAAAAGCAAAUCAUGGCUGAUGGGGUGGACACAAUUGGGCUCUUAAGCCAUGUGUUCUCCGACCUCACUGGCCUGCGAAAGGAACAGAUGAAACCUGCMUUAAAAUCGGAGUUCCAUUCACUGUGCACAAAGGAGAUGGAAGAGCCCCACUCUUUAUUAUUCGGCGGUGACGAUCUGGCGAAGCAGAUCAGAGACGCAAAGGAGGCGACUCGCAUAGGCGUCACGGUGGGGACUUCUAAACAUGAUCAACAUAGAGGGUAUAAACGACGGAAUUCUGAAUAUUAUCAAUCCUCACACCCCUACAAGCGUCCUUUUUUGUCGAAAGGCAACAAAAAACCGGGCUACAAGAAAAAACCGCGUCACUCACGCAAGACCGACUACUCGAAAUAAGGCAAAGUUUACAUUUACUCAAACAGCAGGUAAGACUUUCGACUACCCUUGA